AUGAGCUCGGGCCUCAACGUCGUCGCGACGCUGCGGAACCAGUCGCCGCUCGUAGCCACGUACGCACCGACGAUCGCUCCGCCCGACGACGUCGUCCAGCUGCUGGCGACGCACGAGCUCGCAUGGGCCUCGCUGCCGCCGACGGCCAAGAACGCGGUGCUCUGGGCGCUCGGCUACGUCCGCGCCGGUACGUCGUACUACAAGGUGUACACCAAAAAGUCGAGCGCGCCGACCAUGGAGCGCAUCCAGAUUGCGUUCGCGGACUUGAGCAACAGCUGCAACCCCGACUCGCCGUGCGGCCAAAACAAGGCCGUCACGCGAACCUGCCCCGUGAUGGUGUCGAUGCUCAAGUGUGCCAUCGACCCAACCUCCGGGAUACCGUCGUCGGCGGCGAUACCGAGCGCACCCAGCGGUGUGCUCUGGGGCUGGACCGAUGGUGGGUCGCUGAAAUCCAACAUUACGCUCACGGCCAACACUGCCGAGGGCAUGCCCUACUCGAUCCACCUCAACGCGGACAAUGACAUCUGCGGGUCCCUCGCGGUCAUGUCCAGCACCGUGCCUUGUGCGCUGUACACGGCAGCCAACGCGGCCUCGUACGAGCGACCACAACCACCUCCAGAGCUCACGGCAUGGCUGCAAACGCUCCAGUCGACGGCAACGACGGCGCCGACCCCCAGUCAUUCUUUUGCUCGUGUUUUCGGUCGGCGGCGGCGUCAACACAAGGAUCCCAAGGACGUGUACCUCGAGGUCGACGACGUUCAUCUGUCGCUACAAGAAGUGGACACCGCCAACCAGUGCCUCGGCGAAGCCUUUCCGGACCUCGCGCUCUUCCAGGUUGACUCGGCCAUCAGCCUCAAACGACUCGACUACACGAGCGUCCACUUUGAACGCCGCCUCGCGAGCGCCAACGGCUACGACGUGCUUGUCGGCUUCUUCGACCAAACGCGCGUCACGAUCAAGCGGCUCGCCGCGGACGCGCGGCAGCCAAGUGAGAAUCUUGUCAUCUUCACCGGCGCCGUCCGCAUCAUGGCGGGAAUCAACCACCCGCAGUUGACAGCGGUCGUCGGCGUCGGCUGGGAUCUUCUCGAGAACCUCUGCAUCGUGACUGAGUUUAUGGCUCAUGGCAGCCUUCGGGAUGCGCUCGACGCCCAGUUGGGUGCUAGCUCGAGCGGCGGCAAGAAGGCGCGACAACAGCCAGCCUCCCCAGCGUGGACGUGGAAGAAUGAAAAGCUCGCAAUCGCGAUGGACGUUGCCAAGGCGCUCGUGUACCUGCACACGCUCGAGGAGCCGACGGCCCACGCCGGCUUGACGUCGCGCGACGUGUUUCUUGUGCCGGGGACGCCGCUCGCCGCCAAGGUCAACUCGGCGGCGCUGCACCCGACGCCCCUCCUUCCCGAUUCGAACGGAGCGACGGUCGCCAACCUUGAAUGGACCGCACCCGAAGUGCUUACGGGCCAUGCGGCGACGCUGGCCGCCGACAUUUACGCCUUUGGCAUCCUCCUCUGCGAGCUGGACACGUGCGCGCUGCCGUACUCGGAAGGACGGUCGUCCCGCAGCGACGCAACGCAGAGCAACUUGCUCCAGCGCAUUGUCAAGGACGGUCUCCGACCCGAGCUCUCGAGCUCGUCGACGCAACCACUGCGCGAACUGAUUGCACUCUGCGUGGACAAGGACCCGUCGACGCGCCCGACGGCCAUGAUGCUCGUGUUUCAUCUGCGCAGUAAGGUCAAGCCGUCGCUGUAG